AGGCAUGGCUGGCUUGGGUCUGUAAUGUGUAAGGUAAGGUAAGGCUGCUGGUUGCUGGCUGCUGCUUCUCAUACUACAUACAUGGAUGGAUAUUGAUAGUCCCUCUGCUGGCCACUCCUCUUACAGGUGCAAGAGUGUUUUUGGUGAUCAAGUGUUACUUCUCACAAACACUCCCUUGGUCCCAAGGGAGGAUUUGUGUGCUCCCUUUUCCUUGUACUCAAUCUUGCAGUUCUUUCAAUAUGCCUGCACCUCUGUUUUCUCUUUCCUUUUUUUCCUCUAAGAAUGUGAUUGAUCCUACAGUUGUAUGCUUUUCUUUUCUCCUUUUGCUGCAGAUGGGCUGCUGCGGAUAGCUGAGCUAGCUGAUGCAGUGCUGCAGAGACCGCAGCAGAGGAAUUGAAUCCUGUCUGCUUUGGGUUGCUUUCUCUCCUUGAGAAUUGCAGCUCUUUUCCUCCCUCUUUUUCUCUCUCCCCCGCUUUAGUAGCUCUGUGAUUUCUUCAGGGGCAUUUGCUGCUAGAGAAGGAAAAGGAAAAUAGGAUAGGACUACCCUCUCAACUCUGGUGUAGAUUCCUCAAAUUCCAAACGUUUUUCCUAUGGAGUUGUUCUUGCUGACGCGCGCUCUGUGAGAGCAGACAAUUGCAGCUGAAAAUUUCCCCGCGAGCGGCAUUUUUGAUCCCCAAAACUCCUCCCACUCGAGCUUUGAUCUCUCUCUCUCUUUCUCAUUCGCUUUCUCCUCCCGGCGAGAGAAACUUUAUGGAUGUGAGACUAGCCGUGUGGGGCGUUUUUGGCGGCCUGGGCUUCGCCUUCUUCCUCAUGCUCAUCGAGCUCCUGCGCAGAUACGGAGGGCGGGACGGCGCGGGAUCGUCCAGCGGUGCACCAAUCCUCGCGGAUUCCUCAUCCACCGCAGCAGCGGCGGCAGCGGCGGAGCUCUCAGUGGCCAAUCUCCUCCGCCAGGUCCUCCGCGACUUCUCCUACCAGCAGCUCCACCAGGCCACCAACGGCUUCGCGCAGGGCAAUCUCCUCCGCGAGGGGCUCUUUGCGGGCACCCUGGGCGGGGACGGCAAGGAAGCGGUGGUGAUCAAGAGCGUGGAGAGCCGCGAGAUGUUUGACGCGGAGGUGGCGAUGCUGGCGGGGCUGGGCCACAGCAGCAGCGCCAACAGGUUCGUCCAGAUCAUCGGCAUUUGCAGCAGCAGCAGCGCCGGAGGAGGGGGAGGAGGAGGAGGCGAUUGCGCGGAUGGGCAUGCGCAGCGAAUGCUGCUGGUGCUGCGCCAGAUGCCCAACGGAGAUCUGGCGUCGGCGCUGCGCCGGGGCGACGAAUUCAAAUCCUCCGACGGCGAGACGAGCGAGUCCUCGGACUCGUCCAGCGCCGGAUCCGCCAAGCCGCUGGACUGGAUCACGCGGUUCAAGAUCGCGAUUGGCGUCGCCGAGGCCCUCGCCUUCCUCCACCACGACUGCUCCCCGGCAGUAAUUCACAGGGAUUUGAAAUCCAGCAGCGUUUUCCUGGACGAAGGGUACGAGGUCCGGCUGGGGAGCUUCGGCAAAGCCUGCCGGCAGCAGUACGGAAGCGAUGUGUUCCCUGUGUACGACAUAUACUGCUACGGGAAGGUUUUGCUCGACCUGGUGUCGGGGCUGGACAUCAGCAGCUGCUGCGACGGAUUCGGCGAGGCGUGGCUGCACAGGGCGCUGCCGCUGAUGGAAUUCGGGAAGCGCGAUGCCUUCCUGAGGCUGGUGGAUCCGACACUGGUGCUGGACGAGGAUCACGUCAAGGAGCUCAUGCUGUUGGCGGUGAUCGCCAAGUCGUGCCUGGAUCCCGAGCACGCCCAGCACCAGACCAUGUCUAAUGUGCUCCAUAUGCUGCAGAACCCAGCCUUCUUUCUCGCUCUGGCGGGGCAAGGUUGAUUGAUGCGGUCUGGUCCACAGAAUCAUGGAAUGAAGGUGGAGUUUCAAUCCGUAAAGAGGGAUUGAGAUUGGAUCCCCUGAAAAGUUUUGCAUGUUAGAGAGAUGUAAAUAUGAAGACAUGUAAAAUGCGAAUCAAAACUAAAAGGUACAUGUACUCACACUUUUUAUCCAAUCAUUGACCAUGCUUAGUGAUUUCCCAAA